GCCUAAUAAAACAAUACUGCUUGUUAAGAACCAAAAAAGCUAAACUUGUAGUGAACAGUUUUCAAGAAUCUUCAGCUAAUAAAAAACUUAAAGAAAGUAAUAAUCUUUUUGAAGAUAUUUUAACAAACAACGAUCUUGUUGAAAGUAAUAAAAAUACUGACUAUUGUAAAAGUAGUAAUGAAGAUACCGAUUAUUGUGAAAAUAGUAAUAAAUAUGAUAAUCUUAAAGAAGUAUUUAUUAAUAACAAUAAUCUUGACAGUGAUAAUAACUUUAAAGACAGUAUUAAUGAUUUUGAAAAUAAUAGUAAUAAUAUUUUAACAGACAAUGAUAAUAAUUUAUCUACUCAAAAAAUUGUUGAUAGACCUGUAUUAUUUGAACUAUUUGAUAGUAAAUAUGAUCUAUACUUUGCUAAUUUUACUAAACAAACAAGUUUUUUGUAG